UUACGAUCGUCGAAAUGACGGAGCGCUCGCUGACUGCUGGCUGUUUUUAUCUCAUAGCCGUGCUAACGUUAGCUUCGCCUUAGCUUAGCAUGAACAAGAUAGCUGUUCUCUUAGGCUGUGCGAGUAAGCUUAAACCCGGUUUGUGCUCAUGCUACAGCUAGCAUUAGCCUUUACCCUUUUCCUCAGUUCAUGGUUGCGAGAGGUUUGUCGUCACACAUUGCGAAAUGCACCGUUGAUGUAAUAUUGGUCAUAUUUCUUUGAUUUUUUAGCAGAAUAUUUAUGAUCGGACUUACAUUGGUAAUUCAUUUACUGUGUUAUUUGUACGUAGCAUCAAGGACACACGUAAAGGUUGCUUUCCUUGAAAUUCUUGAGCUUUAGCCUUUAGCCUGUUUAGCUCGCUGAUGCCAUUUUGUUUUCAGUCUCUGGUUGCAGUCAGCUAAUUAUAUUUGAACACAUUUGAGAGAUCACAGUCCAACUCUUAAUAUUGCGUUACUCUUUAAUGGCGUAAAAAGAGUAUUCCAGUCAACGAGCGCUUUCAAGUUUUAACCAGUUUCAUUAGCUUCAGUUGGAUCUGACAGCUGGUCUCAGUGAUGGAGGGUCAGGAUAAUGCAGAUCAGGGCAGCAGUGAUCAAUCUGAAAUACAACGCAGAAGACAGCUGGACCGUCUGGACAGAGAAGAGGCCUUCUACCAGUUCGUCAACAAUCUCAGCGAAGAAGACUAUCGGCUCAUGAGAGACAACAAUCUGCUUGGCACCCCUGGUGAAAUUACGGCAGAUGAACUGUUAAGCCGCCUUCGGCAGGUCAAGGAUGGCCCUGAGUCGCCUAGCAAUGGCUCCACUGAGGAGAGAAGGGAAGAACCUGCUGCAACCGAGAUGGAGGGCACUGAGGAAAACCCCAGUGGGGAGACCCUUCUUGACUGGCUCAACACCGUACGACAGACAGGGAAUACAACAAGGAGCGGAUAUCGGGGUAACCAAUCGUGGCGGGCCGUGAGCCAAACCAAUCCCAACAGCGGUGAUUUCCGUUUCAGCUUGGAGAUCAAUGUUAAUCGCAACAUAGCUGAGCAGCAAACGCAGACGGAAAGGCUGGAAGGGGGCCAGGAAAGACCAGAUGGCCCUGUGUCUGAGCCGGAGAGUCUUAUGGAGACUGCAGAGGUGGUUGAGGAACCAGUGGUGGAUGAGCUGGCGGUUAUAGUAGAGCCAGAGCUUCCAGUUCCUAUCAUCCCGGCCCAAAACACGGAAGUUAUUGCACCAGAUCCACCAACUCCAGAUCCUCCAGCUCCAACUCCAGCUCCAACUCCAGCUCCAGCUCCAACUCCAGCUCCAACUCCAGCUCCAACUCCAACUCCAGCUCCAACUCCAGCUCCCCCGACUUUGCCCCCAGUAGAGCAACCACGUAGGGGUCAAAUCAGGGCUCGCAGUAGAAGCCCAGAGCAACGACGGACAAGGGCUCGCACUGCAAGAGGUCGCUCGCCGCUCAACCUCGAAAGAUUAGACGGACUUCCACCUACCCAGCACGGCCUGCCUUCUCGCAAUCCUGAGAUCCUUCCAGAGCCCCAGGUCGAGGGAAGCUCACGGACUCGGCAGUUGUUCCUGUCUAGGCAAAGCACAGUAGAAACGGAAACUCAAGAAUUGGAAGCAGCUUCCGAAUUACCUGGAGCACUUCAGGAGAGGGAGGCAACUGCUGGAGAAGCAGGAGCCUCGGGUCGUCGUCCUCCAACUAUAAUGCUGGAUUUGCAGGUACGCAGGGUGCGUCCAGGAGAGUACCGCCAGAGAGACAGCAUCGCUAACCGUACCAGGUCUCGUUCGCAGACCUCCAACAACACUUUACUGUAUGAGACUGAGCGCGGAGGUUUCCGCCGGACCUUCUCCCGUUCGGAGCGGGCAGGAGUGAGAACGUACGUCAGCACUAUCCGCAUUCCCAUUCGCAGGAUCUCGGACACUGGACUUGGGGAAGCCACUUCUUUGGCUCUGCAGUCUAUGAUUCGUCAGAUCAUGACUGGCUUCGGUGAACUAAGCUACUUUAUGGACUCAGACUAUCCAGACUCGAACCGUGAAGACAGCCCAGCUGCAGACCUCACUGAUGGACUGAGUAACCCUGAUGCUUCCACUGGACCUGCUGCAGGUGAAGCAGACUCCUACCUUCCUGGGAAUGGAGGCUCUAACCAGGGUGGUUUAGAGGCACGGACAGAGGAGAGGGAAGUAGAGGGUGGAGCUUCCGGUGCUAACAGUCCUCGGGAGAACCGAGGCAGACAGCGGGCGCCCAUUAGCUUGGAUGACACCGGAUCUCUGCCCUUUCUGCGACUCGCGCACUUCUUCUUGCUCAACGAGGAAGAUGACGACCAGCCCAGAGGUCUCACCAAAGAGCAGAUCGAUAACCUGUCCAUGCGAAACUUCGGCGAGAGCGAUGCGCUCAAAACCUGCAGCGUCUGCAUCACAGAGUAUGCUGAAGGCAACAAACUACGAAAGCUGCCCUGCUCUCACGAAUACCAUGUGCACUGUAUCGACCGCUGGCUCUCAGAGAACUCAACCUGCCCUAUUUGCCGCAGGGCAGUUCUGGUUUCCACCAACCGAGAGAGUGUUGUCUAGCCAAAGUUGGUUUUGUGGCACUUCGACGUCAAUUCCUCCCUUCCCUUUACAUUUAUUACCUAGUCAUGUGAGAACUCGUAAUGAGAUUUUUUUUUCCCCCCAUACAUCAUAUAUGAAGCCAUCAAUAAAUUUUAUCAGAUUUGCUGGUUUCCCCCAAUUUACACAUCAGUGUAUUUUGACGCAUCUUACAAUGGAAUAAAUAUUGGUGCAAGAUGGAGCCCUGAUCAUUUACUUAUACUGAACAUCGACAUUCAGCAAAAUUAUAGGUUGAGGGGCAAUGUAGAGUGGUACAUACACUUUCAUACUAAAAGAGAGAUUUGAGUUGUACUUUUAUGUGUUCUAUAUCAGAGUAUAACAAAGUUUGCGUUUUAAUAAAAAUGAGUAAAUUGAGCGUCAAGAAUAGCAUUAAGGAUCAAGAAAAGUGUAAUCUGCUCAUGCACAAAUACAUUUCAAUUAGAAAAUGCAUUGAAACUGCUGCAUCUAACAUGAUUUUGGUUUCAUACAGUGUUGGUGGCGUGUUGGUAUGAAAGCAUAGUGUGUGAUGUACCAGUUGCACCGUUAUCAUAAAUGACUAAAUACAGAUAAAUAGUAGUACAUUUCACAGUAGUUCUGAGUGAAUUCGUCAUCCUGUAUAGAAUAGACUUUGAUUUGGCUUUUGAAGGUGUUCAGUAAUACUGGUUUUGAAAAAUAUUUGGCCAGACACUUUUUACGGUUACAAACACAAAAGGCUGUAAAUAUGCUAUGUGGACACAUCAGGUUGUGUUUCUGCCCGUCUUCCCAAAUGACGAUGAUGCAUCAGUUGGCUGACUCAAAUCUACUUCAUAUAUCUUAAGAAAAAACUUGGCUACGUAUAGGCGAUGUCGUGCAAUGCUAAUAAGGAAAAUGUAAAGGACGUUUUGACAUAUUGACUUGUAUGUUGUAGUCUGUAAAUAUUAACAUUUAAAAUGAAGACUUAAAUGGAAGUUUUUCUAACAGUUCUGUACAUUGAGAAUAGCAUCGUUUAUCUUACUCCGAGGAGGAAAUUAUUUUUCUCAUUAUGUAAUGGUUGGUUCAUAUGGGAGCUAAGGUACUUUAGUCCCACGCUAGAAAAACAAAUGCAGUGUUAUUUAGAAACAGUAGAUGAAAUAUCUGUCUAUAUUGUUUCUGUGUUGACUUGGGAUACUAACCCUAAGCAUAAUGUUCUCCACCAUGAGUUACGUCAACAUUUCAUGUAUCAUAAGCAAGCCAACCAUUGUUAAAAAUGCAUAUUCUUAUGUUCAGAGGUCAUGUAUUAUAAGAGCGAGUUACUCGAUAGAAUUUCUUAAUUUUUUUCAGCAUCAUAUUUAUAGCUUAUAUUUUGAGUCAUCUUUUGACUAGCUUCCAGUUUGCUGUGUUUCAAAUGAAUAAAAUGAUUUCCUCACUUGA